AUGAGCAGCACCAUAUCGUCUGAAGGCCCUGUCAAAAAGAAGAUCCGUCGAUCUCGGCUGGGCUGCCAUCUGUGCAAAAGCCUCAAGAUCAAAUGUACGGAAGAACGGCCUCUGUGCUCCAACUGUACUCGGAUUGGAAAGCCCUGCGAUUACUCACUCAAAUUGACAUGGGGUGGUCGACCCUACAAGAACAAGGCUAAACGGAAACCUUCACCGUUUGUUGAUCUGGUCCCACAGGACGCUGCUCCACCACUACUGGAUACUCCUGCCGUGGUGAAGUUUGUCUCCAGUAAGUUUGAUGUGAAGCCUCAUUUGGAAAACGGGUCACCGCUUUCAAAGCAUGUUCAAGUGGCUUCAAGUGUUUCAAGUAGCCAAGGCUCUCAUGUUGAAGUGAAGGUGGAGCCCAUAGAUGAAUCCGAGCCGUUGGCAGCCUUCUCGCAUGCCCACGAUCCUCCUUCAAGUCUAGAUAUUCUCGGCCACGGACAUACACCGUUGAGCCUCCGAAAUUCAGAGAUAUUCAAUUCGUUCAUGAACACGCAGCUUGAACAGCCUAUAACAGAUGAUUCACUUCAGAAUCCUGUGCACUCGCCGUUACUUGCAGACCUUUACGAUAACUACUCGGCAGAUAUCGCCCGCAUCGAGGACUCAUUUCCAGAAGUGCCAAAGAACCUCGUACCGGAGAUGGUGCACCCCACACAAUGGUCUAAAAAGUCACCUUCAUUCUUUAUCAAGCAGGAUCCAGAAACGAAAUCACCCAGUUUGAUCUCGACUCCUACACCGCCUAACCAUGAUCCUCUCAUAAUGCAUAAAAGUCUCGAUGAGGAGCACGAACUCGCCAUCAUAAACUCUAUGGAACGCAUUCCUCCACCGUUAACGCCGCUUCCAGAGCUUCUCAUGAACGUUCCUUACUACAGACAGCUUCUCCACUUCUGGGUCAAUGUGGCAUCGGCCAAUUUGGUCCCUGCGCCAUCUCACAUAUAUCAAGAGAAUCCAUUCAAGGUUCUUUUACCACAAAUGGCCAUGCAUUAUCCUGGAGUUUUGACCACUAUCCUUGCAUUUGCUGCACGAGCGAGAGACAACAUGGACGGUGCCUCACGGAACCACCUGGAGAUCAUCGACCAGCUUCUCGGAAGAUCGUGCAAUGAGCUUCUAAAACAACUCCAUGACAAAGAAGAGUCAACCUCCGACGGAACUUUGGCAACCAUAUUGCUACUUUCAUGUUACGAAGUAGUCAACUCCAACGAUUUUGAGAAACAUAGAACUCACACCACUGGAGCCAGCCAGAUCGUGUCGGCGAGACGCAUCAAACAGCAACCUUAUGCUGACUCUCCAACAUCUGACAAGGACAGUGUUUCUUCAGCAUCAUCCAACUCGUUUCUCUCGAAAAUGCGAGACGAAAGCGAUAUUGCAUUUUUCCUCAUGAGGUGGUUUGCCUAUGUUGAUGUGCUUGGUGCACUUUCCUCGACUCGUGGGCGUGAAAAUUACUUGAGAUCUUAUAGAACAAAAGGUCCAUAUACGCCGGUGGUGAACAUCUCUACGCUCGAUAUCAACUCGGCUUAUAUGGGAAAUCAUAAGACUGACAUUGACUACUUGCUUGGCUUUGAUGUUCGUCUUCUACCACAUUACAUCAAUAUAUCACUUUUAAUUGAUGAGGUGGACAAAAUUAAGGAGUCUGAAGAUGCCAACCACAACAUGCUACCUAUUGAAAUCAUCACCGCUGCACUUGAACUCAAAGAGCGGUUCAUUCAAGGGUACGAGGAUGGAGAGGAAAAUCGUCAAAAAACGAUUGAUCUGCUUAUCGAGUCCAAGUUAAAGGUGAAAAAAUCUAGCAGUCCUCGAAGCACUCGGAAUAUAAGCGAGCUUGUUCGUCAUGACAACAUAUUACGUGCUACCAAUAAGUUGUUCUUUGACACUGGAUUACUCAAUCUUUAUCGUCGUGUGCUCUUGCUCCCCAGGCUGUCACCACUAGUUCAGGACCUAGCAGAUAAUAUGGCCGAAAUCCUUGAGUAUGGCGUGGAACUGGGCAGCCCAGCAGAAAUUUGUACAAUCUUUUGCCAUUUCUGCGCUGCGUGUGAGACUUUGGAUAUGCUGAAAAGACAAUUCUUCUUUGAACGAUUCACAAGACUUGCACAUGAUGGAAACAUCAACGCCACUAAAAGUCUUGUGAUAAUGAAUCGGUGCUGGGAGACUGGAGAAGACUGGAUCACUGCUGCCAAUGUUUUGGACAUUGAUCUUGUGCUUAUGUAG